GGUGGCCUUUGAGCAGUUCUGAAGGAGGUGAACUAAGGGGCUAUGCUGACACCUGGAGGAAGAGAGUCCCAGGCACAGGAAACAACAGCAAGUGGACAGGCUCCCAGGGGAGCGUCCCUGGACAGAAGGAGAAGCAGCUAGGAAAAUCUGGCUGGAGCAGCAGGUGAUGCUCCCCAGAGAAGUAAGGGGAGAUAGCAGACUCUUGAGAACCUUGUCGGAUUUGUUCCGUGCUGUGGCUUUUACUGUGGUGAGAUGGGAAGCUGGUGGAGGGUUUCAAAAGAGGGAGCUACAGGGUCUGUUUUAACAAAACCACUCAGGCUGCUGGGUUGAGAAGGGAAGGAGGCAGGUGUAGAAGAGGAGAGACCAGUUAGGAGGACAUUGCGAUCAUCUCCAGCAGAAAUUAAUCAGAAACGUCUGAUUGGUUUACAAAAAGGGAUGAAAAUGGGCUUGCAGAAUACAAAAAAAGAGGUGAUUAAUAAUGCGCCUUUAUGGGUCUGCUUAGGAUAUCUGCCCUCUCCCAUUCCCUAAAGUUGCAUGGGUCCUACCCCUUCAGUACAUGUGGAUUGGGGUCCAGGGAAUACAGACUUUCAGCAGGAAUACGAGGGGAUUCUUAUGACUAGGAGGUUUGGGAAACUGCUUCACUCUAACCUCCCCACACCCCAGCACACCUUUUGGAGUUUGGGGCAGACCUGGAAGGCGUUGCAGGGCGCCCAUGCAGCCGGAAGGUGGCGCCACCUGACCGCGAGCUGCAGAGAGCGCGCCUCUCCUAAGGAGAAGUGAGAGGCUGCAGACGAGCCGGUCGGUGGCUGCUGGGGUCACCCAGGCCUCGCUUAUCCCAGCCGGAGCGGCCCGCACAAAUAGAAGAGAGUGGCGUGGCCAAGUGCCCUGGAUUCUUUUUAGGCUAAUGUGCAUCUUCAGCCGCCCCUAGUGGGACUCUUGGCUCCUGAGGCAGAAGGCGCAGCCCUCUGUGCACGGGCAUUGAGCGUUUGGGAGCAGGCAGAGCGGUGCAGCGAGAACCGGCCAACUUGCUCCACAAGAUAUUAGUCCAACCAUGCCGACCCAGGCGCGGCGAUCUACCACCGAGGCCCCUCAGGGAGCACCGGCCCUGUGCACGGCACCAUUUCAUUGGCAGCGGGACUGGAGGCCCCGCCCCCUUUCGUACAGCUCUCGUCUGUGACUGGCUGUCGGGCCCCGGCCGGCCACACCUCCUCCCCUCGCACAUACACAAGAGUCACGCGCCUUUCAGUUGGAAACUUGGCGUGCUGGGGAGGACAGUUGCCCUCAUCGUCCCACCCACGUCCCUUGUCAUUGGUCCGCGGGGCCGCUCGCGACCACGCCCCCAUUCUAGCCCCCUGGCUGCGGGGUCGGGCGCCCGCUCGUGAUUGGCUGGUUGGCCUGCCUCUCUCGGGAGUGGCAGGCGCUCCCCUCCGCCCCCCCUCCGCGAGGCUAGAGGACCCUCAGCUGGCGGAGGCCGAGUCAGUGUCACUCAGGGAGGCGGGCUGCUGAGCACCGGGUGGGGACGCUCCGUUGCAAUCUCUCCCAGGGGCCGGUGCCUGCGCUCGCGCCGUCGGGUGGGAAGGAUGAAGCCGCAGCUGGAGCAGCCACCCUAUGAUUGGCUGUGGCUCUUGUGAACCCGAAGUAAAGAUGGCGGGCGGGCAGGCAGCCGCUGCACUGCCCACUUGGAAGAUGGCGGCGCGCCGCAGCCUCAGCGCCCGCGGCCGGGGGGUCCUGCAGGCGGCGGGGCGGCUGCUGCCGUUGCUACUGCUGAGCUGCUGCUGCGGCGCGGGCGGCUGCGCAGCGGCGGGCGAGAACGAGGAGACGGUGAUCAUCGGGUUGCGGCUAGAGGACACGAACGACGUGUCGUUCAUGGAAGGGGGGGCGCUGCGGGUGAGCGAGCGGACCCGGGUCAAGCUGCGGGUGUACGGGCAGAACAUCAACAACGAGACGUGGUCCCGCAUCGCCUUCACCGAGCACGAGCGGCGGCGCCACAAUCCCGGCGAGCGCGGGCUUGGGGGUCCCGCGCCUCCAGAGCCGGACAGCGGCCCCCAGCGCUGCGGCAUCCGCACCUCAGAUAUCAUCAUCUUGCCCCAUAUCAUUCUCAACCGCCGUACAUCGGGCAUCAUUGAGAUCGAGAUCAAGCCGCUGCGCAAGAUGGAAAAGAGCAAGUCCUAUUACCUGUGCACGUCGCUCUCCACGCCUGCCCUGGGCGCCGGUGGCCCGGGGUCCGCGGGUGGCGCUGUCGGGGGCAAGGGCGGCUCCGGGGUGGCCGGGCUCCCGCCGCCCCCGUGGGCCGAGACCACAUGGAUUUACCACGACGGCGAGGACACCAAGAUGAUCGUGGGCGAGGAGAAGAAGUUCCUGCUGCCCUUCUGGCUGCAGGUGAUCUUCAUUUCGCUGCUCCUGUGCCUGUCCGGCAUGUUCAGUGGCCUCAACCUGGGACUCAUGGCCCUGGACCCAAUGGAGCUGCGCAUCGUGCAGAACUGCGGCACGGAGAAGGAGAAGAAUUACGCCAAGCGCAUCGAGCCCGUGCGCAGGCAGGGCAACUACCUGCUGUGCUCGCUGCUGCUGGGCAACGUGCUGGUCAACACGACGCUCACCAUCCUGCUCGACGACAUCGCCGGCUCCGGCCUCGUGGCGGUGGUGGUCUCCACCAUCGGCAUCGUCAUCUUCGGGGAGAUCGUGCCCCAGGCCAUCUGCUCCCGACACGGCCUGGCUGUAGGAGCCAACACCAUCUUCCUCACCAAGUUUUUUAUGAUGAUGACCUUCCCCGCUUCUUAUCCGGUCAGCAAACUGCUGGACUGCGUCCUGGGCCAGGAGAUAGGCACGGUCUAUAACCGGGAGAAACUGCUGGAGAUGCUCCGGGUCACCGACCCUUACAACGACCUCGUUAAAGAGGAGCUGAACAUCAUCCAAGGGGCGCUGGAGCUCCGCACCAAGACGGUGGAGGACGUGAUGACUCCGCUCCGGGAUUGCUUCAUGAUCACCGGCGAAGCCAUUCUGGACUUCAACACCAUGUCAGAGAUCAUGGAGAGCGGCUACACUCGCAUUCCGGUGUUUGAGGGGGAGCGCUCCAACAUCGUGGACCUCCUCUUUGUCAAAGACUUGGCCUUCGUGGAUCCAGAUGACUGUACUCCCCUGAAAACCAUCACUAAAUUUUAUAAUCACCCCUUGCACUUUGUUUUCAAUGACACCAAGUUGGACGCUAUGCUGGAAGAAUUUAAGAAAGGUAAAUCUCACCUGGCCAUCGUGCAGCGAGUAAACAACGAGGGCGAGGGGGACCCGUUUUAUGAAGUUCUGGGGAUUGUCACGUUGGAAGACGUGAUUGAAGAAAUCAUCAAAUCUGAGAUUCUAGAUGAAACAGAUUUAUACACUGAUAACAGAACGAAAAAGAAAGUGGCCCAUCGUGAAAGAAAGCAAGAUUUUUCUGCCUUUAAGCAGACAGACAGCGAGAUGAAGGUUAAAAUAUCACCACAGCUUCUCUUGGCCAUGCACCGUUUCCUAGCAACAGAAGUAGAAGCAUUUAGCCCAUCCCAGAUGUCAGAGAAGAUCCUUCUAAGGCUGCUAAAGCACCCCAAUGUCAUCCAGGAACUGAAGUAUGAUGAGAAGAACAAGAAAGCCCCAGAAUACUACCUCUACCAGCGAAACAAACCUGUAGACUACUUCGUUCUCAUUUUGCAGGGGAAAGUGGAAGUAGAAGCUGGGAAAGAAGGUAUGAAGUUUGAAGCCAGUGCUUUUUCAUACUAUGGUGUAAUGGCCCUGACAGCCUCUCCAGUUCCUUUGUCCCUGUCUCGUACCUUUGUUGUCAGCAGAACAGAGUUGUUAGCAGCAGGUUCUCCAGGUGAAAACAAGUCACCUCCUCGCCCAUGUGGCUUGAAUCACUCAGACUCUCUCAGUCGAAGUGACCGGAUUGACGCAAUGACACCGACGCUGGGGAGCAGCAAUAACCAGCUCAAUUCUUCAUUCCUCCAAGUCUACGUCCCAGAUUACUCAGUGCGAGCCCUUUCUGAUCUGCAGUUUGUUAAGAUCUCAAGACAGCAAUACCAAAAUGCCUUGAUGGCAUCCCGGAUGGACAAAACUCCUCAGUCUUCAGACAGUGAAAACACUAAAAUUGAAUUGACUCUUACGGAGCUGCAUGAUGGGUUGCCAGACGAGACGGCCAACCUGCUCAAUGAGCAGAACUGUGUGACGCACGCCAAGGCCAAUCACAGCCUGCACAACGAGGGCGCCAUCUAGGGGCACCCCGCCGGCCCGCACCUUCCCACCCCCGAGGCCCCGGCCGGGCUGCUCGGCCUGCGCCUCCAUCUGACCAUGAAUCCCAUUAGUGUGAGCUUGUGUGCCAUGCUGCAUCCUGCAACAUCCUGAGACCAAAGACUUUGUCCCCUUCCUGGAAGCAGCAGAGGAGGAUGGAGAGGGGCAGGAUGGAAACUAGAGAUGUGAAAUCGACAGCUAGGGCGUGGCGUUCAAGAUCUUGGUGGUGAACUUCUUCCACCCAAAUAGAAUCAUGUUUAUUUUUUCAGCUGUACCUUUUAUCAUUGCUCACUCUCCUCCUUCCUCGAUUUGCAUGAAGUUGAAAAUUAUUGCAAUUUAUUUUUUUUUUCGAGAGAUCAUGUUUUUAAAAAGUGUCUUUUGCAGAGUUUUAAAGGGUUCUGUCUGAACUCUGCUGUGACCCCAUGAUGUGACCCUAAUAGGAUGGACCUGCCCCUCCGGCGGCCUUUGUUGGCCCUCCCAGGGUGGGGCACCCUUCCUCUGUGCCCCAGUGGGUGUCGCUGUCGAACAUCAAGGAUGAAUGAAGAGAGCCGUGACGCCGCAGACCUGCCGUCUGGCGGCUCUGCGGGGUGGAGCCUGCACAGGGACCUGCGGGUGCCUCUGAGCUCAGCGUCGUUUUAAGUUAGUGUUUAACUGUGCCCCUUUCCCUUAGAAAGGUUUAAUAUUUGCUUGGAAUGUGAUUUUUGCUCCCACUCUAAGGAAUUUUUAUCUCCAAAAUGAAUGUUAAUGAAUUUUAAACCCACGGUUUAUCAUUGGCAAGAGGCGAGUUGACUUCAUCCUGACAUUCCUACAGCCUGGGGUCUCCGGCUCAGCCAGGCCUCCUCCCCGACCCAGUGCCCCAGCCUACAGAGCGUCGUCACCCACCUCCCCAUCCUUGCUCUUGUUAACCCAAGAUGCUGCUACACAGAUGCCAAAUGGAAAUCUUCCACAGGGCUUUUGAGUAAACACGUGGUGUGAAGGUCAAGCUCCUCUUCCCACCGGGAUGGAAGGAAUUGUCAGAAAAGGAUUUGGACCUUCCAGCUGUGCUCUGUGCUCCAUGCCCAGAAGGCAUUUCUAGACCCAUGUAUUCAAAGGAGGGAACUUUGGGGACUGUCAGCCCCCACCCCUCCUUCCAGGGAGCCAACUGUCCCUCUUCCCCUCUGUCCCUGGGCCUGUGGGGCCCAGCAGUGGCUGUGUCCCCCGCCCGAGGACCUCCGUGCCUCCCGCCUCAGAUACGGCCCACGCCAGAGAGGCUGCCUGUACAGCCAGGGUCAGUUUGGCCCCAAACAGGGAUUCAGAAACCAAAUGUGUGUCGUGGCCAUUUCAUGUGUGUCUCUGUCUUAUUUUAAUACCAAAUUCAUCACAUGUAGUGAAAUUAAUGUCAGGAGAUACUUCUUGAGUGACUGAAUUCUUAACUAUCUUAUUUGUGUGUUAAGUGUUAGCCCAAGGGAUAUGUGCAUUUUGUUGGCAACGUUCGUACACUGAAAUGACUUUAUACUGACCACCGUUUUCAUAUAGCAUUGUCAGUCCACACUGCACCCAGUCCCUAGCUAAGAAGAGAGCAUCUUCUCCAUUGGGUCUCACUGAACAGAGGGAAGCCCUGGGGCUGAGUGGCAGUUUUCUCCUCUCUCCUCAAGGUGGAAAUGUGCACCCCGGGCUGGGCUUUGUGGGCGUGGGACCUGUGGUUCGGGAAUAACCAGCAGUGUGCUGGGCUUGCCUCCUGGUGAAAAGUUUGCUGGCACCAGUGUCGUAUGCAUGCUUGGCGCAGUAUUUCCUCUGGUAUGUCAGUCCUGGAGUGUCUUCCUCAGAAAGGGUCAGGCCCCUUAGUGAGGGAAGUGCUGGCCUCCCCUGGUAGAGAGGCAGGGAGGUGCCCUUUAAGGGGGCUCAGUGGCCUGCUGCUGGCAUCCAACCUGCCGCCAUGGGAUGCAGCCCUACUGUGUAACUUGACGUUGGUGGGACCCUGUGCCGUGAGUAUCCCCUUUUAUAAACAGAUCCAUCUAAGUUGAAAGGUCUCCAUUUCUUAAGAUGCAUCCAGCUGAGCACAACCCCAGUGUGAUGUGGGAACUGGGACUAUCUGUAGGGUGCGCAGAAAUGAGUUUCCAGAAACGAGGUGAAACCUGGGCCUGGUGGGGGGAGGGGCUUCUCCCCCAACAACCACGCCACACUCUUGACCCAGACAGCACUUGCCUUCCCUGUGGCCUCGGGGAGCGGUUCGUCUGGCCUUCAGGGGCCUUGACCCAUCCGCCUCUCCCGGCUUAUCUACUUCUCCACAUACAGUUUGUUUCGGGGUGCUUUGCUCCUGCAAGAAGCCUCUGGAAUUGGAAUUAAUGUAUGGAAUCUUUCUCAGAGCCCCACUGUUCCUUCGGGAAUCCUAGAGCUCUGUGAGAGCGGGGGGAGUGGGGAGCGAUUCCAGCUGCUGUCCCUCUGACUUCGGGGAGGAACAGGUAACUUCUCAGUACUGCCUUAUCUCUCAGUGUGGUGGCUUUUUGAAAAGUCCUCUCUGUAAAGGAGAUGGCAGGGGUGGCUUUGCAGUGGGGGUCCCAAAGGAUGAAAUUUUAGCCUCCCAAGUUUAUUUUCUAUAAACCACUCUUUAUGUUUGAUUAUUCACACUAUUUUACAACAACAGGGAAUCUAAAACAAUUCCUCUGUGGUCCCUGGAGGAAUGAAGGCUAACAUUUGGCUAUAGUUACAUCUGCUUUGGGGAAAGCUCAAGACCCUUCAAAUAACACUCAGUGUCUGAAUGACCAUGUUCCUCUUCCGGCCCCAUUUCCCUGUGGAAACUAACUCCAGGCUGUUAAAGGAGAAGCGCUGGCUCGAGGCUUCUCUGGGGCAGCAGCAGAAUGAUUUUCCCUUUGAAGGUCUAUGCAGUUCAUGUCUAUAAGUAAAUGGGAGUCAGGCAGAGAAAGUCCAUCAAAUGGUUGAGACCUCGAUAUGCAGUGGCCAAUUCUUAGCACUGCUGGUAGGCUGUCCUCCCUGAGGACUCCUGGCUUGGUAAGCAGGGAGGGGCGUGGCUGUGGAGCAGACACAGGUCCUGGGGUCCUGAAUUCUUAUGGAGCCCUUGUUGUCAGACCCAGGGCCUCACUCCUCUGUGGUGGCCUCUCUAGCCCCAGCUCUGUGGGACCGGACCGGGCCUCCUCCUGCUCCUAAGCAGCCACUCUGGCAUCUCUCGGGUUCCAUCUCAGACCGGACCCCUGGCAGCCAGAUGUCCCCAGGAUCAUCUGCUUUCUCUUAAUGCAGGAGAGGGGCUUUUUUCCUGUUUCCUUGGAGGUCGUCUCCCUUUAUUUCUCUCUGUUCUGUAUUCAUCAGGCAAGUCAUAUAUUUAAACUCUUAGGAAAACAGAACUUUAAGAUUUCCACAUGGAUAUUGGGGUGCUAAUUAACUAGCUUAAGCUUUGGCUCUUACAUAAUUUGAAUUUGAAAGCACACCCCAUUUAACUCUCUUCUUCCCUCCCUCCUCACCUCACUUCUGGAAAAGAGCUCCAUGCUCCUGCUGAUAUGGUUGGCUUCCUCAAGCGGGAGGGAGUAUGGCAUCUUGCCAUUUUCUGAUCUUAGUUCAAGAACUUUUGUGCAAGCAUUGUAUGCAAAACUUCACACUAAAACAGAACAUUAACUGUGAAUAUAUUUACCUGUGCUAUCCCCAGCACCGUACGACUAAAGGGCUGCUUUUACCACUCUAGGAAAAUAGUGGUAGGUACAGGUAGAGCUGCAUUCCCUAGAAAAUAAAGCAACAGGCAUGGAGGCUAAGCAGGGACUGUGAACUUCUGCCCUCAGAUUCUCUCAUGUUGAGGAACAGACCUAAGUAGGCCUUGGCUGGUUGAGCCUGUGUCCUAGCUGGUCAAAAAUAAAAACAAAACCCCAUCAUCUUCUGAAAACAAACCAGGGAUCCGUGGCCAUCUUUGCCUCUCCUGGGCCCAGAGACCAGGGUUCCUCAGUGUUCCCCAGGGGUGAUCCCAGGCUGAGGACUCAUCUGGGCUGGCGCAGGAGGUGCUCACCUUGUUCCCUGGGAUUCCAGGCAAGAGGCUGCCAGGGAGGGUUGGCUUGGUGCCAUCACACGACGCAUGCUUCCUGGUGGCAAGGGCAGCAGGCACAGCUCCCCUCUCGGUUCCGACCCCAGAGACAGGGUUUUCUUGCAGGAGUUUGAGGAGAACUCCAAAGCUGAGCUGGCGGGUUAGGGUGUUGAGGCUUCUGUGGCACCUGUGCUCACUUUCUUACUGAGGAUACAGCCUCUUGUCCCGGAUCAGGUUUGAUUCUGUUCUGGAUGGUGGGCUAGUCAGUGGUGCUUCUGUCCAGCAAGAGUGUCUGGGUGAGUUACAGGUUAACCCAGAAUUAGGAGGGAUUUGGAGAGUUCAAUAUGAAGGCGAUUUCGGGAUUCAGAAAUGUUUCCGAUGUAAAUUUAUCAAUGAGCAACCUACUCAGUGGAUUUUUAUACCUCAGGGCCAUUUGCAAAUCUUUAUCUUUUCAUUCUUCUUUUGUAUUCGCGUGGGCUGAUAGGCGAGAUGAGUUCAGAGAAUUCCAAGAUGAUGUUCAUUUGCCUCCACUUGAGGGUGAGUGGGGCACCCAUGCCAAGCUUGCUGAUUUUACCAUUCCCCCAGGCUGUGACAGGGGGACGCCUUCCUCUGCCACUUGCAGGCCUUCUUCCUGCAGUGAAUGCUUAUGUCCUGAUUUUCCUUCUGCCCUGUCUGAAAAUUCCAGAGCCCCUGGUCAGCCCUAAGGACAAGAGGAGGCGACGCAGUUCUGUCAGCUGCAGAGCUUGCAGGAGCUUUCCUCCCACCAUCUUGAGCUGGGGACCUUCUUCGCUUCUUAGAUCUUUGUGGUUGGCUCAGCUCAAGUAAGCUUUCUCUUUGUCUAUGCUAGAGCCACUGACAUCAUCUCACUAGAAUUGUUUUAAAUAUCUUUGACGGGAAAUACCAGGCCGUACUUGAAGCAACAUGAAAACAAAGUUUCUAGUGGCAAGAGAGUAAAGUUCUAGGAGUUUGUGUGCCAAGGUUUAUAUGUACACAGAUCCAACAUAUACUGUAAGAAAGACUUGAGUACACGUUAAAACUUUCUUGAGUUUUAAUACCCACCGGGUGUUAAAUGUGAACAAAUUGGAAGAAUGACUGGGAGUAUUGCUUUGCCUCAUUCGGCAAAGUAUCUUCUGGCAUUCGCCCACAGACCAACAUGGAUUCCCUUGGGAAGUUAUUUUUUGGGGGCCAGCUUCCUCUUCAGAUUAACCCUGGAGAGAACUAUCAAAUGUACCUUGUGGAGCUUGGGUGCCUGCCCCUUUUGUUAGAGGCCCAGGCCCCUUGGGUAUAAAUGGCUGGUCUCAGGCUCCCAGAGCAGAAGGGACUGGGGGAGAAUAAGGCCUGAGGACUCUCGUUCCCCAGAGAGCCCCAGCCUAGUUUCAGAUUCAUUACUCCCCGUGUCUGAAGUCUACUCUGUAGGUGGAGUGUAUCAGUUCAUUGACUUUUCUUGUUUCUGGAGUCCUUUAAAUCCACAAAUGUAUAUGCUUUAUUUUAUAUUAUUAUUUAUUAUGUACAUAUGCCUCUACUGUUAGUACAUCGUCUGUGAGUAAGACGAGAUCUGUUCUGGAGCCCCUCAUCCAUGGAGCCUAGGGUUCUGUUGUCUCCAAGUGGGUGAGAGGACAGUGGUUUUGCUGUUUUGUUUUAAGCAGGUUGCUGCUCUUAGGUUGGUCCUCGCAUCCCUGGCCCGUUAUUGGGCCCACCUCUGUUCCUGAUGACCAGUGUCUGGGAUGAGGAUGGAGGCAGGUCUCCUAUCUUGUGGCAGGGCCUCUCAAGUACCUCCGUGAAAUACUUUCGAGGUGGUUUCCUGGUGACUGGGUCCAUUCUGUGUAGUGGAACAGCAUGGCUGAGAGACCAGAGCCUCCUUCCUCACUCCUGCCCUCUCAAACCAGGUCAGUGGCCUGGCGCUACAACAGUGAUGGCCUCUUAAUUCCCACCUUGGAUCGCAGAAUCCAUCUCUCUGGGCCAUGGAGGCUGCCUGCCCAUCUGGGCUUCUAAUAUGCCUUUUCUUGGUUUUGAGGCCCAAUGCCAACAUUGCCUUGGCCUUCAAAUAAGACCCUGCUUUGUGUCUGAUUCUCAUCCUCCUCAGCCUUUAUUCACUGUAUCAUAGUGUACAUUUCAUGCUUUUCUGCAGUGAAGUUUUCUGAACACAGUAUUCAGAGCUGUGUACAUAAACCUAAAUAAGCACAAAUGACAUGUAUAGGUUUCAUGAGCUGAUUGUCAUAAUGAAUGCAUUUUAUAAUUCAAAUGAUGUUGUAGAUUUACAAUCUCUCCUAUUUAUUUUGUACCAAUUUAUUUGUAAAUUUUGUGAUUGUUUUAAACGGUUUUUGUUCAUUUCUAUUAUUCUAUUUAGAUAAAUGAUGAUUUUUCUGUUCA